CUCCCGCUCCUUCCCGCCGCGCCACUCUGGGCUAGGGGUGCCCAGCGCCCCCGCCCGGUAUUGUCCCUCGUGCAGCGCCCUCUGCCGGCCACCGUGCUGCGCCUUUUGGGUCCCGCGGCGCCCUCACAAAGGUCGGCGAGCCCAUCACUGAGUUCCCCGAUGCUUUUUACGACCGCGCCUGUGGUGGCCAUAGGCUGAACAUCCCUGUUCUGCCAAGUGCUCCCACCACGAUGUACUGCGCUGCCACAGGCCCAAAGCAAGGAGGCCGGAUGAGCAUGGAAGCGUUGAAACUGUGAGCCAAGACAAGUUUUUCCGUCUUCUAAGAUAUUUACCCCGGAGUGGAAGGCUGCCUCUGGGGCCGCCGUUCCUUCCGAGUCAUGGUGCCGUGGCUGUGGAGGGGGCUGGUGUGCAUCGGCCUCUUUGCCCUCGCCCACGCUGCCUUUUCGGCUGCACAGCAUCGUUCUCAUAUCCGACUGGCAGAAAAGGAGUAUGAGUCGCUGCCCGGAGACAUAGUGCUCCAGACCCUCCUGGCCUUUGCAGUUACCUGUUAUGGUGUAGUUCACACUGCAGGGGACUUUAAAGACAGGGAUGCCACUUCAGAGCUAAAGGAUAUGACGUUUGACACCCUAAGGAGUCGCCCGUCUUUUUAUGUGUUUAGUCCUCCUGGUCGUGGACUGUUCCAGCCCUCGGAUACAGUUCGUUCUUCCAAACCUCAGCGCACCAUCUUCUGACAUACUGUUUGAGCUUUGAAAGCUCAAACAGCUGCACCGUUCAGCUUUUUACAAAUUAAGUAACGGGACA